UUGCGUAUAUACUAUAAGCAGGAAUAUAAUAAUCAACUAUAAAAUAACUUACAUUUUCAACCAAAUUAUGAUUUAAACGGGUUUUCAAAUUUAGUAGUAUCCACUUAACAGUGUUAUACUCCCUUUGAUGUGUUUUUAUUACUUCCGGAUUUACAAAGUUUUGUAAAGACCUAUUAUUUGUUUUAUACAUUUUUUAUUUUAUAUCCGGUCAAAUAUGACUAGCAAGGUAAUUAUAGUUAAUUUGAAACGAACCACGCAGUGAUCUGAAACCAUUUGGAGAUAAACCGGAUAAUUUUGCACCCCGUAUGUAAAAACUUUGUGUCCCAGUGUAUAUUUAACAAUAUGCUUCACAAUAGAUAAUGCGCAUACCCACAGACAAAAAAAAACGUGUAUAUUGAACAAAGUGUAUGAUACAUAAUUGUUACCAACAUAUACACAUUCAAAGCAGGAUUCACACCUGAGCGACCGUCAGACCCUGGUCAUAGUCUAUGAUUGUAUUUAUCAGUGUAUUUUUAUCGACCUAACAUAUCUGCCAUGCGAGCCACAUCCUGCCGAACCCGAUUUCCGUAGGUACCCCUUUUUAUAGUUAUCCUGCUCUGGUUAUAAUUUUAAAAUAUUUUUCGUAUUAUUUCAAAAAAAGGCUAAUACAUAUAAAUGAUAUAAUUUUGUUAUUAAAAGUUGUUUAAUGAUUCCCAUAAUCGAUUUUUUACUUAAGUAUAAACAAACCGUAGUAACUACAACAAACUAGUUGCUAUGAUAAAAAUUUGUACCAACAAAAAUAAAACAGCUGAUUUUGAUAGUUGGUGAAAAAUCGUUAUGAGUAAUUCUACCUUUUUUCGAGUUUUCUUAAAAUUUUACUAUGGCUAGAAGAACUGUCGAAAAUAUCAAUGGAUUUGUCAUGGCUUAUCCAGUUAUACCAAAAAAAAAUUCAUCAAUCAAACCAAAGUCUGCAGUGCUCUCUACGGAAAAAAAUUCAAAAAAUGUUGCUACGCCAUCAACCGUUAAGAAAACAAAUAAUUCUACUAACAAUAAUGUUACUACAGUGUUGCCAGGCAAAAAAAGUCAGUUAUGCCAUUCGUUUAAUAAAAAAUCCAUAUAAUGGCCAAUCUCGUCUUUCAACAAACAAAUUGCGAAAGAAUAAUAAAGUUGAUGAAAAACUAAUUCGUUUUAUAACGAAAGAAUCCAUGAAUUUGAACUUAGAGAAUAAAUCUGUUGAUAGUUCAUCAAAAAAUUCUGAGAACGAAGAUUACGAAGAUGACUUUGAGGAUUAUGAGUCAGACUUUGAAUCAGACAAUUCUGUCAGUGUUUCCAUUAAAUCACAUGAUACAACAAGUACAAAUGUUGCAAAUGACACUGAGACUAAAUUUUCAUUACAAAUUUGUGUCGAAGAAAAAGUCGAACCAUUUUUGGACGAAAUAUUUGAAAUUAAUCAGUUAGAACUCAAUAUUGAAAAAGGUUUAAGUAAUUUUAAAACAGCUAAAAUUAGACAACUUGAAAUAGAGGCCAAAAAUAAAAUAAAAACCCGGGGAGACAUUUUAAUGGAUAUGAUUAAACUAGAUACAGUCAGUUAUUCAUUGUUUGAACUGCCAGCAAUACCUUAUAAACAAUAUAUGCAAAUUUAUGGGAGAUCGAAUACAUCACAAGUUUACUCUCAAACAAAUGAUGACAACGUAGAUAAAGAAAUUCAAACUUCCGAAAUUUUUUUAAUUGAAAAAUGGACACAACGACCAAUUGUUUUACCAAAUAAAAUGAAUUGUUCAUCAGCUGAAUACUACCAAGCAAAACUUGGCGUUGGAAAUGGUAAUAAUGAACUCGGUGACAGUUUUGGGUCACGACGUACCAAUACUGUAGACGCAGAGCGAAUUUGUAUUGUAGGUUACCACAUCUUGCGUUAUCUUGAAAGAAGAGCCAUGGACAAUCUUCAAUAUAACUUGACGCCUAAUGAAAUACCAAUCAGUGAAGGUCAUAUAAGUCCAUCUAUAUCAAAUAUUCAACUAAUAGCAGAUCAACCAGUCACUUCUAUAGAGUUUAUCAGAAUCAAAUCUUUCAAAUCAUCCGAAUCUUUAGUUACCAUACAUAAGGUAAAAGGUAAAACAAAUAACUGGAACUCAAUUAUUUGCAUUUGGAAUACGCCAGAUCUUGAAAAAAUGCCAGAAUACAUACUUAAAUGCCCAAAUCAACAAACAUCACUAUGUGCUUUACCUAAGCAUUCUGAAGAAGGUUAUGUUGUAGCUUCUCAUAUUGAUGGAAGUUUAUGUGUAUGGGAUUUAAAAGAGAAUAAACUUUAUCACGAAAAUCUCCCAGACAUUCACUGUUCUCUUCGAUCUCCGUCUUACAAUACAGCUUUAAUUUUUGACCAAAGUCAUAAAUCAAAAGUAGUUGAUUUGCGUGUAGUAACAUAUAACACAGUAAAAUAUACAGAAGAAGAAUUUCCGAAUGAAUUAUGCAGUUUAGAUGAAGAAUUAGUUUUAAUCGUGUGGACCAUAAUAGAUGAUUGGACAGACAAAUCAGAAAUUUCACGUAUUAAAUACGCAGGGACGUCUCCAUGGAGCUCCGUUAGAUUAAUUAAACUACAAACAAUAUUAGUUUCAAAUAACAUACCUAAGGCCAUUUUGAGCUGCGAAACUGCCACAUCAAUGUAUUUAAGUGACAGUCAGGAUGUAAUAAUUGGAACUAAUUCUGGAAUAAUUUUUCGUUGUAAUCUUGGCGGACAUAAAGUAUGGCCAUCAUUUUAUACACAAGGAAAUACAGAGAAAUGUACAGAAAUCAAGUGGUUGGAUAUGUGUCCAUUUGAUCCAUUAUAUUUUUUAGUUGCUUGCUCAAUUAAUGAAGUGUUAUUGUACAAUAUAACACAUCAAGAACCAUUGGCUAAAUUUUUGGGAUCAUCAGACGACCUUUGUCCUACUCCAAUAGUGAAAGUUUGCUGGUGCAAAGGACACCCUGGAAUUUUUUUUGCAAUAGAUGCAAAUUCUAAUGUCCAUAUGUGGGAUCUCUGUGACGAAAAUUGCAAUGAACCUUUAUUCACUAUCAACUUGCCAGGUAGAAAUAUUAAUGGCCUAUCAUUAUUAAACACAGAAUGUGGACAAAAAUCUGUAUACAUGGGUUUAGCAUUCAAUGACGGCAAAGUGGAGAUGCACAAAAUUAAAAUUCAAAAUAGGAGUUCAGACAAAUGUACAGAUUAUAAAAGCCUUCUGCUUUAUAACUUAUCAAGAUUAUAAUACGUUGAACUUCAAAGGACGAUUAUGAUGAUUCAACAAUUCUUUUCAAUGAAUAAUAUGUCAUAUAUUUCAGUAGAUUUUAAUAUUUCAAUUAAUAAAAAAAUAAAAG